CUGAUCAGUAUUAGAUUCCAGAUAUGCAGUGCAAAAACAUGCCAAAUUUUUCAUUUUCGGCGGCUAAUAAUUUCCUCCGUUUCACUCCUGAGUCCUUGGAUGAAAUUAGAAAAAGAAUUGCUGAGAAGAAACUGAAGAGGGCCAAAGCCUUGGAGGAGGGCAAGGGUGAGCAGCAAGAAGAAAACCUUCAGCCACAGCUUGAUCUGAAGGUUUUAAAAAAGCUGCCUCACAUUUAUGGAAAACCCCCUCCCUGGCUCAUCGCAGAACCACUGGAAGAUGUUGAUCCCUAUUACAAGGAUCAUGAGACCUGCAUGGCGUUAUCAGCCAGGAGAAGAAUCUUCCGAUUUACUGCCACCAAAGCAUUAUUUUUAUUUAGUCCUUUUCAUCCACUGAGAAGACUAGCUAUCAAAAUUUUGAUACAUACUUUGUUCAUUACAUUUAUAACAUGUGUUGUUCUCUGCAACUGCAUAUUUAUGACCUUAAACGAACCACCAAAUGACUAUAACAUCGCUGAGAUUUCUUUCACAGUAGUUUACACAGUUGAAUUUGCAAUAAAAGUUGUAGCAAGAGGAUUUGUUUUGAAUGAGUUUACCUAUCUUCGAGAUCUCUGGAAUGUCCUGGAUCUUUUUACUUUGAUUAUGACAUAUGCAUCUCUUUGUCUGCCUUUUGGUAGCAUUUCAGCUCUUCGAAGUUUCAGGGUGCUAAGAACGUUGAAAGCUGUUUCUGUAAUCCCAGGGUUGAAAGUAAUUAUAGCCUCACUUCUUCAGUCAGUGAAGAAACUUGCAAAUGUGAUGCUGCUCACAGUUUUCUCCUUGGCUGUCUUUGCCCUCACUGGCCUCCAGCUUUUUAUGGGCAACUUGAAAUAUAAAUGCGUCCAUCAAGAUUUCAUCAAUAAAAGCUUGAGCAAGAACAGUAGCUUGUGUUUGUUAAAAGAUCCAGAAAAUUACUCAAUCUACCAGAAAACGGAUGACUCUUCUUCUCCACUCUUGUGUGGAUACACCUCAAAUCCUAAUAAAAGUGAAUGCAGAACAAACUAUUUUUGUGUGAAACAUGGAGAUAAUCCUGACUAUGGAUACACAAGUUUUGAUCACUUUGGGUGGGCUUUCCUCUCCAUGUUCCGACUGAUGACACAGGAUAGCUGGGAAAUACUCUAUCAACAGGUUUUAAGAACAUCUGGAAAAACAUAUGUCAUCUUUUUUGUGAUAGUCAUCUUUCUGUGCUCAUUUUAUCUUUUCAAUUUAAUCCUGGCUGUUGUAACAAUGGCAUACGAUGAGCAACACAAAGCAACACUUGCACACACAAAGGCAAGAGAGAUUUUGCUUCAGAAAGCCAAAGAAGUAUUAAAAAAAGAAAAGGAACGGAUUGCCCAACAACAUUCUGCAUCCAUGGAUGAAGAUGCUGAAAUGCUAGGUGUAGAGACCAAAAAGAAAAAAGAGAAGAAAAGGAGGAAGAAGAAACGCAAAGGCAAAAAGUCCAAAACUUAUGGGGAAGAUGAAACCAUGUUCUAUUCUACACCUGAUAAAAGUCAAAAAGACCUUAAAGAGCUGUUAAUGUCCUAUCAACUGCCAUCUGACACUCUUCAAGACCCAUUUCAAAGACAAAAAUUAACCAGUGCUGCCAAUGUCAUCAGCAAAACUAUGGAAUGGGAAGAACCAAAACUAGAAUUCCCUCCAGGCAUGAAAAAAACUGCACAAAAGUAUCUCAUUUGGCAAUGCUGCCCCUUCUGGUUGCAAAUAAAGGAAAUUAUGAAGAAAGUUAUGAUAAAUCCUUUUAUGGAACUAUUUAUUUCACUGUGCAUUACAGUAAACACUCUAUUAAUGGCACUAGAAGACAUGCCUUUCCCACACAAAGUGGUUGAACAAGGAAACAAUGUUUUUACUGGCAUUUUUACAGCAGAAAUGGUGCUUAAAAUCAUUGCCCUCGAUCCGUACUACUAUUUUCAAGACACUUGGAAUAUUUUUGACUCAGUAGUGGUUGUUAUUGGCAUAGUAAACCUGAUACUUAAAAAACAUCUGUCAAUUGUCAGAAUGCUGAGAAUCUUCAAGUUGUCAAAGUUUUGGCCAGCUUUAAAUAAACUUAUGAAAAUAAUAUUGAAAUCCGUGGGCCCACUGGGUAACCUCACACUUGUUCUGAUUUUCACCAUAUUCAUCUUUGCUGUGGUUGGCAAACAGGCCUUUGGGAGCUAUUACAAAAAUGUGGCAUCUGGAGCAACACCUAACUGCCUCAUCUGUAUUGAUGACAAACUACAAAACUGUAACACAACUAACCAAAAAGUUUGUAAAUUACGAUGGCAUAUGGAAGACUUCUUCCAUUCAUUCCUUAUUAUAUUCCGAAUCCUAUGUAGAGAAUGGAUUGAAACCAUGUGGGGCUGUAUGAAAGUUGCAGGGGAAGGAGGGUGCAUUAUUCUGUUCAUGAUGGUCCUUGUUUUUGGAAAUCUAGUGGUUCUCAACCUUUUCAUUGCUUUGUUGCUGAGCUCCUUCAGUAGCAGUGAUUCAGAAAAUGAUACCAAUGAAAAGGAGCCUAAACAACAAGAGGCCCUGGCUCUUAUUCACAAGGGGUUGCAAGCUGUCAAAGAUUUCCUGUGGAGUAAAUGUUGUAAUGUACUCAUGCAAAAGCUGAAGAGAGUAAGCACAAAAAAUAAGAAAGGGACCAUUGCUAUUCAAAAGUCUAUUGUUACUGAGGCAGAAGAAAGAAUCCAAGAGAAUUGUGUUACCAAUGAAACUUUCAGACUUGGCAAGCAACCACCACUGGAUGGAAAACAGGAAGACGUCUGGACAUAUUCUGAUGCAUUUGUUUGCAUCCCCCUUGCGGAAACAGAGACUUUAAGUGAGGAGGAAGAGUGUGUAAUCAUGGAAAGUGACUACAGUAAACAGGAGUACCAGCUGCGAAACAGGAGAGAGAUAUUCAACAGGUCAAGGCAAAGACUUUCCUCUCAGUAUUCUGAAAGAUCAAGUGUUUGUUCUUUAGAUAUUACUAAGAGGUUGGAUCAUGACAGCAGUUGUUCAGAGGCGAGCACAGUAGAUAACAGAUCUCCUGUUUUUCUUCUGCCUGUAAAGAAGAAGGAGCCUAAGGACUGCUUCCCACAAGCUUUGACCAAAUUCUUCCCAUGUUGCAGAGUGAACACCAAUAAAUUUCCGUGCAACACUUGGUGGAAUUUUAGAAAAACCUGCUACAGAAUUGUAAAACACAGUUGGUUUGAAUCUUUUAGCAUAUUCAUGAUAUUACUGAGCAGUGGUGCUCUGAUCUUUGAAGACAUUUAUCUUGACAAGAGAAAACAUAUAAAAACUAUACUGGAGUAUGCAGAUAUAUUUUUUUUCUACAUCUUUUUCCUGGAGAUGUUUCUGAAAUGGAUGGCUUAUGGCUUCAGGUCAUAUUUUACCAAUGGCUGGUGUUGUCUUGAUUUCUUUAUUGUAUGUUUUUCCAUUCCUGUGCAAACAGUUCUACAAAAGCAAAAGUAUCUGUGUGACAACAGUAUCUCCACAAAAUCUCUCAGAACUUUGAGGGCCUUGAGACCACUUCGAGCAUUGUCCAGAUUUAAAGGGAUAAAGGUUGUAGUGAAUGCCCUUGCGGGAGCUAUUCCUUCCAUUGGGAAUGUGCUACUUGUCUGCAUUGUCCUCUGGCUCCCAUUUAACAUUCUAGGAGUACAGCUGUUCAGAGGAAAAUUUUGGAGCUGCAACUCCUCUGUUCCAGUUGUAAACAGGAAUGACUGCGUCCAGAUCAAUGCACCGGUCAACUUUGACAAUGUUAUGAAAGGAUAUUUGGCUCUCCUUCAAGUGGCAACAUUUAAAGGCUGGAUGGAGAUUAUGUAUGCUGCAGUAGACGCACCCUCUAAUGAUAAGGAUCUGCCGUGUUUUGAAAACAAUCAAUUCGCAUACAUCUAUUUUGUGGUCUUUAUCGUAUUUGGAUCAUUCUUCAUGUUGAAUCUAUUCAUUGGAGUUGUUAUUGACAAUUUUAACCAACAAAGGAAAAAGUUAGGUGGAGAACUCAUAUUUUUGUCAGAAGAUCAGAAGAAAUAUUAUAAUGCACUGAAAAAACUUGGUACCAAGAAACCCCUUAAACCUGUUCCACGGCCACUGAACACGUGCCAAGGAAUCCUUUAUGACAUUGUAAGCAAGCAAGGAUUUGAUAUUUUCAUUAUAAGUCUCAUUUUCUUAAAUGUGGUGAUCAUGGCAGUGGAACAUGAAGACCAAAACCCAGAAGUCAAAAAACUCCUUGAAACCAUAAAUCUUGUCUUUGUUGCUCUCUUUACUGGAGAAUGCAUCAUGAAAAUGCUGGCUUUGAGGGCAUAUUUCUUCAGGGACAACUGGAACAUAUUUGAUUUUGUGGUGGUGAUUCUUUCUAUACUUAGUUCUGCAUCUACUCAACUUGGUACAAGGUUCAAUUUCCCACCUACCAUCCUGAGAAUCAUUCGAGUGGCCCGGGUGAGCCGACUCCUGAGGGUCAUUCGAGGGGCCCGGGGGCUACGGACCCUCCUUUUUGCACUGCUGAUGUCCCUUCCUGCUCUUACCAAUAUUGGGCUCCUGCUUUUUCUGAUCAUGUUCAUUUAUGCUAUUUUUGGCAUGGGCAACUUUGCCUGUGCCAGUUUGAAAGGAGGCAUUGACAACAUUUUCAACUUCCAGACUUUUGGCGGCAGCAUGCUUUGCCUCUUUGAAAUCACAACGUCUGCUGGUUGGCAUAGCCUUCUCAACCCAAUGCUUGACAGCAGUAGUAAUAGUAUUUGUUCUGGCCCCUCGCAGAAAAAGGGCCCUUGUGUUAACAGAGGCGUGGCAAUUUCCUAUUUUGUUAGCUACAUCAUUAUAUCAUUCCUUAUUGUCGUUAAUAUGUACAUUGCUGUCAUCAUAGAGAACUUGAAUGUGGCCACUGAAGAAAGCACAGAGCCUUUGGGUGAUGAUGAUUUUGAAAUUUUUUAUGAAGUUUGGGCAAGAUUUGAUCCAGAAGCAACCCAAUUUAUUUCUUAUUCAGCACUUUCAGACUUUGCAGAUGCUCUGGUGGAACCAUUACGUGUACCCAAACCAAACGGACAACAGCUGAUGGCAAUGGGCCUCCCAAUGGUGAAUGGAAAUAAAAUCCACUGCUUGGACAUUUUGUUUGCUUUUACCAAAAGGGUACUGGGAGAAGCUGGAGAAAUGGACGUGCUGGAGACAAAGAUAGAGGAAAAAUAUCCAGAGAAGAUUGCUUAUGAACCCAUAGUAACAACUCCGAAGCGGAAACAGGAGGAGAGUGCUGUCAUUAUCCAGAGGGCUUUCAGAAAACAUCUCCUUCACCUUGCAAUAAAGAAAUCAUGCCAAGAAGCCAGUGUGGGAAGCCUCUUUAAAAACAUACCUGAAGAGGAAGAUGGCUCUGUUUACAUGAUAAAUGAAAGCGAAGAAGACAGUGGGUCAGAUGAUUCCCAAAGUCCAGCCUGUGUAUUGAUUCCACCAUCUUAUAGUAAUGCCACUGCUGGUGAUAUUCCUCAGGUGAAGAUCAAAGACUGUAGCAAUGAUGACACCAAGUGAAUUACUGUUUGCUGUUUUCUUGCUACAACCUGAUUUUCUAGAAAAUGCAAUGUUCAAUUAUAUUUCUGUCUCUGUAGUCAGCUUAAUUAAAGCUAACUGUCCGUCUAUGAGAUUUUAUGACACACAGCUAACUCUGCAGUGUUUCCAUUGAGCAGUUGUCAGAAGAACUAAAAAAUUGUAACUAGGGGGUCAUAAAUAAUAGUUAAAGGGAAAUAAUUUGCACUUUUUCUACUCAGUAUUUUGAACUGAUAGGUGUUUUGUUAACCUAUUACUUUAAGCAUUGCAUAUUCCAAUAAAUCUGGGGCUAGAGAGGCAUAAAUGGAUGCUAAGAUUGGCUAAUGAGGACUUUCUGCAUUCCAAAAUAUAUCCCAUCAUCUCUUUAUUUCUCAGUGCUGUCUGGGCAAUGUUCUGCUCAUUCAAAAAUAUCUUCUGGAGUCUGGACCUGGAAAGAGAGCCAGGCUGCCAGAACAGCCAGACUUACUGGUGCAUCUCUGCAAAAGUUGGCCUCCUUAUUGCUAAAACUACUGUAUAUACUCAACUAUAAGUCAAUCUCAUCUAUAAGUCGAGGGCAGGUUUUGGGCCCAAAAUUAUGGAUUUUGACAUGACCUGUGGAUAAGUCGAGGGUAAAACUUAGGGACAUGUAAUAAAGCAAGGAAAACAAUGCCAAAGAAUUUAUAAGAUUUCAGCUGGCUUAACUGUUUUUUCUCACACUAAAGCCUGAACGAGAGAUUAGAAGAGGAGCAAUGCUUCCAGGACAGAUUUCACUCUUGCCUUUUAUCAGGAAAUAUUUCAUUUUUUAAUAAGAGUAAAAUAGUAGUACUUACAUUGAUCUGUGGAUAAGUCGACUGAGUUUUUUGGAGUUGAUUUUUGACUAACAUUUCUAGACUUAUACAUGAGUAUAUACAGUAGAUAGCCACUUGCUGUGAAUGUGAUUGUAGCAGUCAAAGAGUAUACCUGACUUGCUUUCUGAUUUUUGGUUGGUCUCAUGACCAUCUGUUGGGGAUGCUUUGAUAGUGAUUUCCUGCAUGGCAGGGGUUGGACUGGAUGGCCCUUGUGGUCUCUUCCAACUCUACGAUUCUAUGAUUCUUGCUUGUCCCUUUCUUUUGCCAGAUCUCGGUGUGAUGCACAGGCUGCUCCCCUCUGUAGUUUUCCAUC